GUCCCGUCCAGGCCCGCCCGCUUCCCCGAGGUAGCCCCUGAGCUCCUUCGGGCACACGAGGACGCGGAGGUUGUGCGGUACUCGGUUGGCAAGAAGGGGCUGGUCGCGUCCAGGGAGGUCUCUUGGUCCUGGGAAGCGGGCUCUACGCCGACCAACCUCUCCGUUGCCUUCGGCGAGUGGGUGGCAGCUGCAGAAGGCACCCUGGUCGGCAUCCACGGCAUCGGCCAGGCUGACCUGGCCCGCCAUCUCGGCAGAGGAGAAGGGCCGAGGCUGUCCCUCAAGCCGCUCAGCGCCCUUGUCAGGCGGGACGCCAGGUUCAGGUUCAGCCUCCUCACGCACCGCCUAAGGAGCUGCCUGGAUGUGGCCCUCCAGCGAGUUCGCGCGGAGAGCUCUCGCCGAUGGCACCCCCGGCAUGCGGAAUGGUACGUGCACCAGGCCGAGCUCAGGACGCAGCUCCUGCUGGAGGCAGUGCAGGAGGCGGACGACUCGGACAGUCAAGGUCUCCCUGGUGCUGCUCCUGAGCGGUUGGGCGACCUGGUGCACCAGGCGGGCGUCCACGGCAGCCCUGAGGCAGUUCGGGACCUCCAAGUGCUGCUCAGUGCUUCGCAGCGCCGUGAUGCGGCUCGAAGCGCCCAGGCCUGGCGUAGCUGGGCCCAGACUGCGGUCGAGAAGGGCGGUCGCCUUGCCCACCGCUUCUCGAAGGCGACGCCUCCGCCGACGGUCAGGGACGCUGACUCGGGCAGGAGGCUUGUGGGCAUGGCAGCGAUUGGCGAACUCACGAGGGUCUGGCAGAAGCUGUGGCUCCAAGACGGGUUUGCCUCGGGCGCAGGGGCCAGCAGCUGGGACGUGGGCGAGUGGCAGCUGCCCCCCAUCUCGCUGGAGCAGCUCCAGGCAGUCUGCAAACGCUACAGCCCCUCGGUGGGCCUCGGGUGCGAUUCCCUGCAUCCUAGGCAGAUCCUCCUCCUGCCAGUGGCGCUGCAGCUGCGCAUCCUGGACAUCCUGGCGGCCUUCGACGAGGCCCCUGCAUCGAUCCAAGGGCAGGUUUCCCUGAUGGUGUUCAUUCCGAAGGCGGACGGUGGGGUAAGGCCCAUAGCGCUGCUGCCGUUGGUCCUGCGGCUCUGGGCUGGUUGGCUGCACAACUGUUUCGCGGGGUUCGCGAAGUCGAACCCGCAGUUCGAGGCCGCGAGCCUCUUCCUGGACAUCAGCAAGUUCUACGAGCACGUGCGGCACGACGUUCUCUGGGCGAAUGCUGUUCGGUUCGGGUUCAACCUCAGGCUGCUGCGCGGCCUCCUCACGUCCUACCAGGCCCCCAGGAUGAUCCUCGCGGCGGGCAUGGCCUCCCCCGCCUUCGGCACUACGGGAACGGUGCUGGCUGGAUGUGCGUGUGCGACAGCCGUUGCGAAGCUUCCAGUACUGGGAGCUCUCCUGGCUGCGGGGGCAACGAGCCCGCUGGUCACGCCAAGGAAUGUUGUCGACGACAUUUCGCUUCAGGCGGUCGGCACGGCUCGGCUUGUGAAGCUGCAGAUGGUGGCUGCCAGUUGUGAGGUUGUCCGUCAGCUGCGUGAGCAGCACCUCCCACUCAACGAGAGUAAGUCGGUAUUCCUGGCCUCGUCGCCGCAGCUCGCCAAGGAGCUCUCCGAGGCUUGGGCGGCGCUCGGCUUUGCCUUCAAGAGGGGCCUUCAGGCGAGGAACCUCGGCACCGACGCCAACAUCACUCGUCGAGGAGUUCAUGAAGGAGCUGGGCGUGCGUUCGGCGGCCUUCGCCGAGGACGCAAGCUAGGGGUGCUUCGCGUAGCUGGCGCGGCCACCGAGAUGGUCCAUCGUGCUGGGCCCACCGCGGCGAUGCUAUGGGGGCGCACUGUGACUGGUGUGCCUGAUAGGGAGCUGCAUUCGUGGCGCCUGGCGGCGGUGCGCUCAGCUGGGAAGUUCCCCAAGGGCGCCUCGCUCGGGCUGAGACUCAGGGUGGUGGAGAUCAUGAGGGCCAUCGACCUCGACCCGAGCCCCGCGCUGCUCCGUGCCGCUGUGCAGAUGGCGGCCAGCCUCCUACAGUCGGGGGAGGUCCCGCUGCGUAUGUUCGAGUCGGCCUUGCAGGAGGCAGUGCAGAGGCAUGCUGGAGCAGCAGCCCCCUGGGUGCACUGCCGCACGCCGGUGGAUGCCCUGGCCCUCUCGCUCUCCAGGGUGGGCUGGAGGCUUGUCCCUGGAGCCCGCCUCGCAACUGACGACGGGCAUCUCCUGGACCUGCGUAUGCUGGGGCCGCGCGAGCUGGGCCUGCUGGCUGCGGCUGGGGCACGGCGUGCGUCAGACAAGUCGGAGCUAGCCCGCCUCAGCCAUGGGGCGCUCCCUCAGUCGCCCUUGUUCUGGGAGGCCUUCGCGGAGGUCCUCGGGCCUGGCAGCAAGCUCAGCCACAGGGAGAAGGCAGCGGUGGUGAGCUUCCUUUCCAACGCCCACUGGCCCCAGACCCGUCUGCACUCGGCGGGGGAGAGGGAGCACGCUCGUUGCUGUGCCUGUGAGGCCCCCCGUGGCAGCCUCUGGCACAGGCUGUUCGAGUGUCCCGUCCUAGCGGGGGCCAGGUCGGAUGCCAUGGCAGUCAUGUGGUGCAAUCGCCCCGCCGAUGGUCUUCUCGGGGGGCGGCUCUACCUGGACGGGUCGGCGCUCGACCCCGAGCACGAGAGCCUGCGGCGUGCGGGAUGGAGCAUCGUGCAGUGCGACUCCGACGGCAACCUGGAGUGCGCCGUGUACGGCAGCGUGCGCCUGGACCUCUGCCCGUUCCAGACGGCGAAGGACGGCGAGGAUUUCGCGGUCUGGAUGCUGUCUCGCUUUCUGGGCCCGAGUGUCGAAGAGAUCCUCAUCGAUUGUGCGUCCACGGUCAGCUGCCUCACGUUGGGCAAGAAGUACGCGACGGCAGCCAACAAGCCCAACGCCCACCUUUGGGAGGGGAUCUACGCGUCGCUCGACGUGGACACGCUCAAGGUGACCAAGGUUGCGGCCCACUGCACCGCCAGAGACGUGUUGGAUGGCAAGAUCACGGAGGCGGACCUCCGUGGCAACGGACAUGCAGACCGCUGGGCCAAGGCGGGGGCGGGGCUUCACCGCACCAGCCUAGUGGCCAGGCGGGAGUUUUUUGGCACGAUGGAGGUGGUGAGGGAGCUCUCGUGCUGGGUGGCGCAGGCCUCCCUCAUCUGGCAGGGGAUCGAGGUCAAGGACUGCGAGGGCCUCCCCGAGGGCAGCGAGCGGGCGGCCGUCUCCUUCGCGGUGCCUCUGGUUGAGCCCGCCAACAGCCGCCCGCCUGACUCGGGCUCGGGCGGCGGGUGGGCGUCGGCGGCGCGGGCUGGUGGCGUCUCCCUCGGGGCGGCGGCCUUCGUCGUCGUCGGCCACGUCCUGGCCUACGCCAAGUGCGGGGAGGGCGCCGCCGAGCAGGAGCUGAUGGCGUGCACCCACUGCGGGGCGCACGCGCGGCUGGGCGGGCGCUCAGGGGCAGCGCCCAAGCUCAAGGAGCAGUGCCCAGGGUCGGCUGGGCUCCCCAAAGGCAGGAGGGACCAGAAGGCGCGCUGGCUUCAGGGGCGGCACCCUGCUGGCACGCCCCACAGCGGCAGCAGGAGGGUCGGUGCGUCUGUGCCCAUCCUGCGCAAGGAGGACGUGGUGCCGAUGGCCGCCAGGGUGCGCUUCCUGGAGUGGCUGGGUGUCCGUCCUGAUGAUGCACCUGGCGGCGUCGCCGCCGACGUCGGCCGAGAGCCCCCCAGCGGCGCGGCGGCUGCAGGCGAGGCGGAGGCUGAGCCCCUGGCGCCAGGCUCCUCGGGGACUUCGAGGGAGGAGUGGCUUAGCGCCUACGGGCUCGACGAAGCGAGCCUCCUCGAGUGGUCGGCCGCGGCUGAGACG